AUGACCGAGCCUGUCGAAACCUACAAUUUUUAUCCCGCUCUGCAACGGAACGUAACGCCCACUGCUUCCGGCUCAGAAGUCGUGAGCUACACCUCUGACCUGGGCGACGGCGGUCCCAUCCUGACUCUCAUUCACGGAUAUCCUCAAUCUGCAUUCAUUUGGCGCUACCUCGUCCCCCUCCUCCUCCCUAAAGUCUCCCUCUUUAUCCCCGAACUGCCCGGGUACGGCAUUAGCACCCCCAUCUCCGCUAGUACAGGCGACCACACGAAGCGCGCCGUCGGCCACGCCCUGCUCGAUGCUCUCGCCCAGGUCUUCAGUACCAACAACUCUUCCUCUUCUUCUUCUUCUUCAUCACCAUCAUCAUCAUCAUCACCCCGACAAGUAAUCCUCGCAGGGCACGACCGCGGCGCCCGCAUCUGCCACCGCCUCGCCGUCGACGCCACUUCCUCUCCUUCCCUUCCCGACGAAACUAAGUCCUUCUUCUCCCACCACAACUUGACCAUAACCGGCCUAAUCAUGCUCGACAUCCUCCCCACCAAAUCCCAAUGGGACUUUUUCUCUUGUCCUUCUCUCUCCCAGAACUACUUCCACUGGCCGCUACUAGCCAACGUCGAGCUCGCCGUGCCGAUGAUCACAGCGUUUGGGGUAGAUGAGUGGGUGCGCGGCGGGCAUUUACGACUAGUUGGGUCGGCAAGCGAUAGUAAGGAGCGGAUUAUGCGUGAUGAUGCGGUGGAAGUGCAUGUAAAGUUGUUUGAGAGUGGGGAGACGGUGAGGUGGACGUGCGAGGAUUAUAAGGCUGGUGCACAAAAAGAGGUGGAUGAGCAGGUGGAGGAUUUGAGAAAGGGGAGGAGGGUGGAGGUGGAUACGUUGGUGAUGUACAGUUGGGAGAAAUUGGGGAGGGGUGGGGGGGUGGAUGUUGAGGGGGUUUGGAGGGGGUGGGUGGGGGAUGGGGUGGAAUUGGAGGUGGUGGGUGUUGAAGACGGGAGGGGACAUUUCCUGCCGGAGGAGGCGUAUGAUGUGGUUGGGGAGAGGGUGGUGAGGUUUUUGGAGAGGUUUGGGUUGUGA